CACCAACAACAACAUCAUGUCAUCAGCAACAACAACAACAACAACAGAAGCAACAGCAGCAGCAACCACAUCAGUCACAUCUGCAGUCACAAUUUCGUCACUUUCGACAGCUGGCGCCUCAUCGCUAAACGAUUCGAAUGUCAUCAAUCGGCUGGCGGAUGUCACAAUUGGCACACAUUUUGAGCCAAGCAGCGCAAUGUCAGCAAAUGUCAGCGUGGAUCCAGCCGCCAGUUCGCCCUGGAACAUCACCUAUGUUUCCGUCUCGGCCACCAGCUACAACAACUGUUCCGCCCUGUUUGCCAACUACACCCAACCGCAAGCAGGCAUUUAUUGCAACUGGACUUGGGACUCGCUGCUCUGUUGGCCACCAACGCCGGCCGGCGUGCUCGCCCGCAUGAAUUGCCCCGCUGGCUAUCACGGUGUGGAUCCACGCAAGUUUGCCAACCGCAAGUGCGAGCUUGAUGGUCAUUGGGGUGGCCGACCCAACGAGACUGAACCAAAUCCCGCUGGCUGGACCGACUAUGGACCCUGCUACAAGCCCGAGGUCAUACGACUCAUGCAGGAGAUUAAGGAUGUGAAUCUCUAUAUGGAUAUUGCGCAGCGAACACGCACUCUGGAGAUUAUCGGACUAUGUCUGUCCCUAUUGGCAUUGAUCAUAUCGCUGGUAAUCUUUUGCGCAUUUCGAUCGCUGCGCAACAAUCGCACCAAGAUACACAAGAACCUCUUCAUUGCCAUGGUGCUGCAGGUGAUUGUGCGACUGACCCUCUACCUAGAUCAGUUUCGACGUGGCAAACCGGAGGCGGCGACCAAUGCGAGUCUUUCGGUUAUUGAAAACACGCCGUAUCUGUGUGAAGCAUCCUAUGUGCUGUUGGAAUACGCACGAACCGCGAUGUUUAUGUGGAUGUUCAUUGAGGGACUCUACUUGCAUAACAUGAUCACUGUCGCCGUAUUCCAGGGCAGCUUUCCGCUCAUCAUCUUCUCGCUGCUGGGCUGGGGAAUGCCAGUGGUAAUGACCACCGUCUGGGUGCAGUGCACAGCCAUCUUCAUGGACACAUCGCUGGGUGAUUGCAUGUGGAACUACAAUCUGACACCGUACUAUUGGAUACUGGAGGGACCACGGCUGACCGUCAUAUUGCUGAACUUCUUCUUUCUGGUGAACAUUAUACGCGUGCUUGUGGUGAAGCUGCGUCAGUCGCAGGCCAGCGACAUCGAGCAGACACGCAAAGCGGUGAGAGCGGCAAUUGUGCUGCUGCCGCUGCUGGGCAUAACGAAUCUGUUGCAUCUGGUGCCGGCACUGAAAACGGCUUGGAAAUUCGCUGUGUGGAGCUAUGUGACACAUUUCCUAACAUCGUUCCAGGGCUUCUUCAUAGCGCUCAUCUAUUGUUUCCUCAAUGGCGAGGUGCGCACUGUGCUGUUGAAGAGCCUGGCCGUGUGGAUGUCGGUGCGUGGACAUCCCGAGUGGGUGCCAAAGCGUGCCUCGAUGUAUUCGGGUGCCUACAACACCGCCCCCGAUACCGAUGCACUCCAGCAGCCAGGCGAUGCUCCGCCGCCAGCAACAACUACAGCGGCUGGCAAGCGUGUAUCGCCGCCGAACAAACGCUUGAAUUGCCGCAAGGCCAGCAGCGUGAGCAUUGUCAUCGCCAAGGAGCCGCAACGUCAGCGGCUUGUGCAACAACAGCAGCAACAGCAGCAGCGUAACAACAACAAUUCGCGCAACAUAAUGCCAGACGAUGAGGCAUCCGCAUCGGCAACACGCAUACAGAUCAAAGAUGCGCCCUCGUCGGGACAUCGCAACUGGAUGAUCGGCCUGUGCUUUCGCGGCCAAAAGAACAAAUGUGUGAUGCCUGGCGCUCAAGUGUCGCAGCAAAUAUUUAUGACGUCACAGUUGCCUGCGCUGACAACAAUAGCAACAACAACAACAACGGCAAGCACAACAAUACCAACAACAGCAGCAACAACAACGACGACGCCAACAGUUACAGCUCUUACUACAACAACAACUGCAUCGGCAAUUGCAGCAGCCGCUGCCGCCGCCGCCGCCGCAGCAACCGCAGCAGCAACAACACUACUACAGAAUAAAAAGCAAACGCCCAAAGCUUAAUAUUUACAUACGUACAUAAAUGCGAUCACACUUUUCUAUUCUCGCUCUCGCCCACACUCUCUGUCUAUUUUCCUCUCUUUCGCUCUCUGUCUCAUUCGUAGCUUAGCAUCUUAAGCUUAAGCUAAAGCUUUUAAGCCGCGCAAAUUGUACUACAAGAAAACUCGAAACUGAAACUUGUGCACUUUUUAAAUACAUGCAUACAUAUGUGUGUACAUG